CUCAGUGCCCCUGUGCUCUGCUUGGCUGUGUUUUCUGGAUUUCUCCAGGAAUCCCAGGAGGGGCUCCCUGGACGGUUCACAGCUACUUGAUUUAAGAAGCUCGAGGUCAGUGCUGCAGCGUGCACCCCUGAGCCACCGAGUCCUGUGGCAGCCAGCGUGGAGAAGUGGGGGGAGCAGGGCCACCCAGCAGCAGGAGCAGGGCCGGGCCGCACACCGGACCCAGUGGCAGAACCUGCGGAGGACCUGCUCUCUGCCUCCUCGGGGGCCAUGGACUGACAGGUAGCGCGUACCAGGGGCUCCGCUGUCCCCAGAGGUGCAGGGCUGGGAGAGCUGCGGCAUCCACCAUGCUGGCCCUGGGCCACGGCCCCCAGCAGAGGACCAGGCUGGCCCUGCAGUGGAGGCAGAUCUCCUGGAUCACCUGCUGGGUCACCCUGUAUGCUGUGGAGGCCCUCCCUGCCUGCCCUUUCUCCUGUAAGUGUGACCCCCGCAGCCUGGAGGUGGAUUGCAGUGGCCUAGGCCUCACCAUGGUGCCCCCGGACUUGCCCGCUGCCACCCGAACCCUCUUGCUCUUGAACAAUAAGUUGAGUGUCCUGCCAAGCUGGGCAUUUGCCAACCUGUCCAGCUUGCAGCGGCUGGACCUAUCCAACAACUUCCUGGACCAGCUGCCCAGCUCCAUUUUCGAGGACCUGACUAAUCUGACGGAGCUGCAGCUGCGCAAUAACAGCAUCAGGACCCUGGACAGGGACCUGCUGCAGCACUCGCCCCUGCUGCGCCACCUGGACCUGUCCAUCAAUGGCCUGGCCCAGCUGCCCCCUGGCCUGUUUGACAGACUCCCUGCUCUGCGCUCCCUGUCACUGCGCUCCAACCGCCUGCAGAGCCUGGACCGGCUGACGUUUGAACCCCUGGCAAGUCUGCAGCUGCUGCAGGUUGGGGACAACCCCUGGGAGUGUGACUGUAACCUGCGUGAUUUCAAGCACUGGAUGGAGUGGUUCUCAUACCGAGGGGGGCGCCUGGACCAGCUUGCCUGCACCCUACCCAAGGAGCUGAGGGGGAAGGACAUGCGCGUGGUCCCUAUGGAGAUGUUCAACUACUGCUCCCAGCUGGAGGACGAGAAUAGCUUGGCCGGAAUGGACAGUCCUGGGCCACCCUGCACCAAGGCCAGCCCAGAACCUGCGAAGCCCAAGCCAGGGGCCGAGCCGGAGCCGGAGCCCAGUACAGCCUGCCCCCAGAAGCAGAGGUACCGGCCGGUGAGCGUGCGCCGGGCCAUCGGCACGGUGAUCAUUGCCGGGGUCGUGUGUGGCAUUGUCUGCAUCAUGAUGGUGGUGGCUGCCGCCUACGGCUGCAUCUAUGCCUCCCUCAUGGCCAAGUACCACCGGGAGCUCAAGAAGCGCCAACCCCUCAUGGGGGACCCGGAGGGCGAGCAUGAAGACCAGAAGCAGAUCUCCUCUGUGGCAUGAGAGCCCAGCCCCACCUGGCCCAGGGACACCAGCCCGGAGGCCUUGGAGCUGCAGCGCCUACGGAUGGCAGCCUCCAGAGAGCCCAGGGAGCCCAAGCGCAUCGUCACUGCCAGCCCCUGGGACACCCACCCGCUCCACUCCUGCAGCCUGCAGUCCAGAAACCGUCGCUCUGCACCUCACACCCCUCCGUCCUCAGCACCUCUGGGCCAUGCUCUGUGGGUGGUGGCAUCUUGGGAAAGCAGGUGGCCUUUGCUGGAGCUCACCGCCUGCCAACAUCUCCCGCACAGGGCCUGCCGCCCUCUGUUCAGGGCCUCCGGGGGUGGGGCUCCCUUUCCCACGGUCUGGUCCGCUCAGUCUGGCUCCCCAGAGUUUUUGUCACACCUGGACUGGGCUCCAAAGCAGAGCAGGGGCCAGGGGUCCUGCUUGUUCUUUGCCUGAACCUGCACCACAGGGGCAGAGACACCUGCUUGCAGGGCUGUGGGAGGGGCAGUGAGGAGAGGGCUGUGUGGGGUCCGGGGGUCACUGGUCUUUUCUCUAGCUCUGCCCACCUCAUGAGUCUGCUCGGGUGAGUGUUAGGACUUCCUCUGCUGGACACUGCUUCUCCCAUGACCCACAGAGGGGUGGAGGCAUUGGGCUGGGCUCUGGCUCUAACACUGGCAGGGGUGCUCACUGGUGGCCCAGGAGGAGGUUGCCAGGACAUCAAGGCCCAGGGUGUGAGGAAGGACAGGGCAGGACAGGGCAGCCCAGCUCACCUGGCGUUCCUCAACCCUUCUAGCUCAUAGAAGGGCAUAGUCGGGAGAGGGUUUGGGGAGGGGCAGAGUUGCCUUUGAGAAGGCCAUUCUCCAGCAAAGGGGUGCCCAGGUGCCCCAGCAAGGCUGCUAAAUGC